AUAUCUCCCUAGCUACUUCCUCCGAUAUUUGCCGGUCUCUGGAACAAGUGCGAGCAAAAUGGCAAGUCCAGUGAUCUCCGUUACACGUGCUCUCGGCCGUGCAGGUAGGGCAUGGAACAGCCUAGUUACACCAGCAUCCGUCAGUGCCUCACAGAAGAGACAGUAUGGUGCUCAGGGCAAAAGGAUCAAGGUUGAUAACCCUGUCGUGGAGCUGGACGGAGAUGAAAUGACCAGGAUCAUAUGGGAGAAGAUCAAGGACACGCUGAUCCUGCCCUACCUGGAUGUAGACCUGAAGUACUAUGACCUUGGUUUACCAUACAGAGAUCAGACAGAUGACCAGGUCACUAUCGACUCAGCACUCGCCAUACAGAAGUACAACGUUGGUGUGAAAUGUGCCACCAUCACCCCAGACGAGGAACGUGUAGAAGAAUUCAAGCUAAAGAAAAUGUGGUUGUCACCCAACGGCACAAUCAGGAACAUUCUGAACGGCACAGUGUUCCGUGAACCCAUUCUUUGCGAGAAAAUCCCUCGUCUAGUACCUGGAUGGACACAGCCCAUCGUCAUUGGCCGUCAUGCUUUCGGAGACCAGUACAAAGCUACUGACAUGGUUAUCAAGGGAAACGGCAAAUGUGAAAUUGUAUUCACCCCAGAAGGCGGCAAGGAAGAAAGGACAGAGGUAUUCAACUUCCAAAAAGGUGGCGGUUGUGUGAUGGGAAUGUACAACACAGACGAGUCUAUCACUGGCUUCGCCCACUCCAGCUUCCAGUAUGCCAUCAACAAGAAGUGGCCUCUGUACAUGUCUACCAAGAACACCAUCCUCAAGCGUUAUGAUGGCCGCUUUAAGGACAUUUUUGAGGCCAUUUUCCAGAGUGACUACAAAGCAGACUUUGACAAGUUGGGAAUCUGGUACGAACACAGACUUAUUGACGAUAUGGUGGCCCAGGCACUCAAAUCCAGUGGAGGCUUUGUGUGGGCAUGCAAAAACUACGACGGAGACGUACAGUCCGACAUCGUAGCUCAGGGAUACGGAUCCCUCGGGCUGAUGACCAGUGUGUUGUUGUGCCCUGAUGGUAAAACCAUUGAGUCUGAGGCUGCCCAUGGAACAGUUACCCGCCAUUACAGAGAACACCAGAAGGGUAACCCCACCAGUACUAACCCUGUAGCCAGUAUCUACGCCUGGACACGAGGACUGGAGCACCGUGGAAAACUGGACGGAAACCAAGAACUUGUUAGAUUUGCCACUACCUUGGAGAAGGCUUGUGUAGAUACUGUGGACUCUGGCAGUAUGACAAAAGAUCUGGCUGGCUGUAUACACGGAAUCAAAAAUGUGAAGCCAGAACACUAUCUGAACACAAUGGACUUCCUGGACGCCAUCCGCACAGACAUGGAUAAGAAGAUGAAUUGACGACAGUUAACCAAAUCAUAGGAGAACUUUCUCAUACAAUCAUUGGAUGCAGUUUAGGCAGCUUAGAGAUCUAAAAACAGUGUGUGCUGGGCGGGUGUGGAUCAUUCGUCUAACACACUUCAGUCAUUCCCCCGGCAUUUAAGUGUAUUUUUAUUUUAUUUUCCUGUGUGAUGACUCAGACAUGGGGGUACUUUAAAGUUCCCAUUCUAUCGUGAGGAGGAUACCACAAUGUGCCAAAGGUUGAAAUCUUAUUAAAUUCUUUAUCUGGCAUCUAAAUAUCUCAGAUGAAAAGUAAUUUAAAAGAACACUAAUAUAAAAUUUGAUGGUGAAAGCAUUUUGAUUUAGAACGGUUGUAAAUUUUAUACUGUGGUGUUUGUGCGUGAACAGUGUAAUGCAGAAAUGUUCUGUGUAAGGCAGUAAAGCAGAUAUGUAGUGACA